GUGACCUCGCCGCCGGCGCGCUAGCUCUCUCUGUCGAUGGAAAAUUCGACGCUCCACGGAGGAAGCUGCCAACAACCAAACACUCAGCUGGAUACGGCUUCGUGCCUGCUUGCCCCGCUGCCGCCGGUGGUAGCCGAGCCACAGCCGGAGCAGCAGCAUGCAUGCACCGAUGCGCCGCCGACGUCUCUCGCCCCUGGCGCGGCGAUGAGUUGCCCACCGCCGCCGGCUGCCGUGGACUGGGCGUCGCUGCUUCUACCGCCCAGCACGUCGGGCGCGAGCGAGGUCGGCUGCGGUGUCAGCGCUGUGACGACGGUGGCUGCCGGAAGCAAAGCUGGUGCGACGGCGGGAGAGGGAGAUAAUAGUAAGACCGUAAAAGCUGGGAAGCAGGGCGGCGGGAGAGGGAAGAACAAGGUGAGCCGGCCACGGUUCGCGUUCCAGACGCGGAGCGAGAACGACAUCCUCGACGACGGCUACCGGUGGAGGAAGUACGGGCAGAAGGCCGUCAAGAACACCGCAUUUCCAAGGAGCUACUACCGGUGCACGCACCAUACGUGCGACGUGAAGAAGCAGGUGCAGCGGCUGGCCAAGGACACGAGCAUAGUGGUGACCACGUACGAGGGCGUGCACAACCACCCGUGCGAGAAGCUCAUGGAGGCGCUCAGCCCCAUCCUCAAACAGCUCCAGCUCCUCUCUCAGCUCCAGUCUUGCACUAAUCAACUCCUCUGAAUAUUGAUGUGUGGCCUAGCCAUCAUCAGUGUUAACUAAUGCAAAUUUACUGCUAAGUGUACAAAACAAACUCACAUGAUGACUUCUUUCAAGUACCCAUAAAAUAUUAUUAGUUGUUCCGUGAUUAAAUGAUAA